ACUGUCUCCUUCACAGCGGGCUCUCAGGCACACACACGCCGCCGGACACCAGCCGAGCAGCCGUUACUCUGCACGGGGGGGACAACCGGCAGCUUGCAAUGAUCUCGCUGGACUUCAACUUCAACAUCUUGACCCGGGACCUGUCGCAUUAUCUGGAAAACCAAGUGAGAGUUGGGCUGCUCGGCUCGGGAGUGGGACUGUCCCUGGUGCUGGGCUUUAGCGCAGCGUACACCUGCUACUACCUGAUCUCAGUAGCGAAGAAGCCACAACUCAUCUCGGGGGGGAAUAAGUUCUACCAGUUCCUGCGGGAACAAUGUCCGGUGGUGUCGGAGACCUACUACCCCACCUUUUGGUGCUGGGAGAGCCGCAUCCAGACUCUGCUCCGACCCUUCGUCACAGCCAAACCUGGGGUUGUAUACAGAAAUGAGCUUAUUCAGGCAGCAGAUGGAGGACAGAUCUCUUUGGAUUGGUUUGACAACGAUGACAGCCUCGCUCAUCCCGACCCUGCAACCAGGCCCACGGUGCUCCUUCUCCCCGGUCUGACAGGCACCAGCCGAGAGUCCUACAUACUGCACAUGGUCCAGCAGAGCCGGGAUCUGGGCUAUAGGUGUGUGGUAUUCAACAACAGAGGGGUUUCUGGCGAAACGCUACUGACCCCAAGGACGUACUGUGCAGCCAACACAGAGGAUCUGGAGACUGUCAUCGACCACAUCCAGAGGUCCAAUGAAGCAGCUCCUAUCAUGGCUGCUGGCGUGUCCAUGGGCGGGAUGAUGCUGGCCAAUUAUCUCGGGCGAAAGGGUCGGGAAACCUGCCUGAAAGGUGUCGUAGUCUUCUCAGCAGGCUGGGACGUAUUUGAGUGCACCGCUUCGCUGGAAAAACCCCUCGACCGUUUCCUCUUCAACUCCUACCUCACCAGCUGCCUACAAGCCUCCGUGCACAGACACAGACCAGUGCUCGAAAAUUGUUACGACAUCGAUCAUGUCAUGAAGGCAAAGACCAUUCGGGAGUUCGACGAAAGGUUCACCUCCAUAAUGUUCGGUUACCCUACCAAUGAUGACUACUACCACGAUGCCAGUCCUGUCCACAGGCUGAAAUCUGUGCAGGUGCCAAUGCUGUGUCUGAACGCUGCUGAUGAUGUCUUCUCUCCGUCUCAUGCCAUUCCAGUUGAGGCAGUGAAGCAGAAUCCCAACCUGGCCCUACUCAUUACCUGUCAUGGCGGCCAUAUUGGCUUCCUGGAGGGCCUGUGGCCUCGACAGAGCACUUACAUGGACCGGGUCUUCAAGCAGUUUGCCAAGGCAGUCAUCGAACAAGGCGGCCGUCUCAAAGACCUCUCCUGAUGAGAGAACUAAUAACAAUGUUCCACUAGUUUUACUUCCUCUAGCUUUUUAAUUAAUUCCAUCUUUGUCACACAUUUUUCCUUGCUGCAUUCCAUCCUUUGUUCCCUCCAUUUCCCAUUUCACCAUGCGUUCCUUCGUCCCUUCCCUUGACCUUUUUUCCUCUGUCGUUCUUGCCUUCCAUCCCUCCAUACUGCAUUCCAUCCAUUGUUCCUUCCCUCCCCUUCUCUACUUAAUCCAAUUCUGCCUUUUUCCUUCCCUCCAUUGACUUUCUUCUAUCCUUGCCCUCCAUCCCUCCGUCCAAGUCUUGCUCCACAAGCAAAUAAAUGAUUCUUUCUUAUGUGAAGGGCACAUCGUCUUGAAUGCAGCAUUUGUGUUGCAUUCAACAUUCGUAUAUUUAUUCCUUAGUUAACGAGUCAUUGUAUGAAAUCCUACUCUGAGUGGUAUGCUAAUUAAAAAAACAAGCACAGCUAUUCAUGCCGCUGUUGAAAAGCUGAAUCUGUAGUUGCAGUAGCUAGCUUAAAAAAAAACUGUGGCUAACACAAGUACUGUCCAUGAAAAUCAAACCAUCUUUAUGCAUGAAGCCUCUUUUAGUGCGUCCAUUAGUAGGAUUUUAGCCCUCAGGGAUUUGCUUUAUUUAGUCAUACCGCUUUCUUUCCUGUGAGCAUUGUUUUGUCAUACUCCUUCAGUUUGCAUUUUCACCAGUUGACCUACAAUAGUUUAUUUUCUUUAAAAGUCUAGUUUGCACAUCUUUUCUUCUUUCUAAGAAAUAGCUGAAGAUUAUAUUUGUAUGGCUUUUAGCUAGCAGCAUUGUAGCUAGCUUAGCAAAAAGAUUGGAACCAGGGAAAAACAGCUAGCAUAAAAAAAGAAAAACUUCCCCUCAAAACGUGUUAUAAUGUUUUGUUAAUGCUACCACAGCUGAUUUCCUUUACAUCCGGCUUCCAUUAUGCUAAAAUAAGAUAACUGCAUGAAUAAAGCUGCAGACCAAAGAUUCAGAUGAUCUUACUUUAGCAUAAAAUGCUGCAAUAAAAGGAAAACAGCUAGGCUAACUUGAUAUGACGGUAAUAAAACCUUCUUAUUGUUGGAUAAAGUAAGCUUCACUGUUUCCCUUUGAUUCCAGCAUUUUAUGCUAAGAUAAGAUGAUCAGAAUCUUGCGCAUGCUAACAUAAGCUAAGCUUAUUAGCUACUUGAGCCAUAUGAGUGCUAUCAUUCUUCUUAACUUCUUAACCUUCCUUUACCUUCUGCAUGCACUUUUACUUUCACACAUUCUACCUUAACGCACACCAAAUAGUUCUACAAAUGUAUAAUACAGAGGGUGACUCAUCAACGACGACGAAUGUUAAAUUGCACUAUAUUUUAGUUCAAACUACCAUGCCUCUUAAUUUAUUAACGCAAGGCACUUCAUUAUACUCGCUGUAUGAACUGUAUCCCAAAGACUGAACAGAAACGUGUCUGAAUCCUGUGACGUGUUCUGUGUGAAGAUGUUGGUGGAACCGUUCAGUCAGAAAGUCACUGACGGUGCCAGAUGCAGUGAUGUGGAUGAAGUUGUCCUGGUCUUUUUUUUCCUUUUUGUGUUUUGGUUUUGCCAACAAUGAUCAAGCGGCUGGCUACCGUGUAUGAGUUGGCAGCGGCGAGACGCGCAGAUCGGACUGGCAGCCGGGCUUUCAGUGCUGCGCUGCAUGAGGGAUUAUGACUUCCUGUUCCUGUGGAAUUUUUUCGGUGUCUGUCUGUUCUGCCCAGUGUCCAGGCAGUAGCAUGUGUCUCAUCGGCGUCACCGUGUCCUGAAACUCAACAUCAUGUCCUAAUCUGUAGCACAAAGGACUUUUUUUUUUUUCCUUAGGAUGCUGCAUUUCAUUUUGUACACCACAUUCAAAAAAGAAUAUGCAGCAAUAAGAUUUUGAAUUGAAGAAGUGUCUCUAUAGUAUAAGUACUAGUAUAUGCACAUUAUCAACACAAGUGUAAUAUGCUGAAUUUAAUAAAUUAUU